AAAAACCGACGCAUUGAUCGAAUCGAUCAGAAAGAAGCCAAGCCAGCUCGCACACGUAGCCCAGUGUGUCUGUCUAUGACCCCCUCUUCUUGGCAUUGUCGUCGACGCCUUCUUUGGCGCGUCUCAGCUCAUCGGCCCUGACCACCUCCUGACACGCAUUGAACAGCUGAGCCAGGUUGAUCACCUGCUUGCACAAAGACAGAGGCGCGCAUAUGACUGCCAGCCCCCACACUGAACGAUCAGGUCAACACAUCAUAGCAGGAAAGGUGAGGUGGACACGGCAGAACGCUGAUAUGUCUCUUCGAUCUCACUCGCUGAUCGGAUGAUGCCUGGCGGCUGCUGUGUGACGGCGUAGAGGGUCAGCCAGCACAUCUCGUUGCCCGCAUGCAAGACAAACAGCACACCUUGCCGACACACACACACGGGACCGACAUCGUGAACCUGUGAUGGAGUGGUUGGUCGGUGUGCGCUACCGACCAGUUGUUUCAUAGUAGAGCUUGAGAAGCAUGUUGGCUCUGAUCUUCUUGUGGGACGACGAUCCCGACAACACUGAACUGACACACAUAUAUCCACACACGGACACACAGCCGGCUGUCCACUGUCUGCGUAUCGAAUCGCCCCGACUCACUCACUCCCUCACCUGUACAUGUGGAACCAAUGGCUCACAAUGUCGAGGAUCACCAGGCACAAGAAUACUGCACACACACACACACACACACACACCAAAGGCACCACACAAGGCAUAUGAUAUCAAUGCAGCGACGGCCGCCGCCUUACGGAAGUAGUAUUGCGGAUACAGAUGGGAGUCAAUCAUCAACACGACGGCAGUCGAAAACCUGACAAACACACACACACACACACACACAUACAUCCGUCCACCGUGCUGCGUGCUGCUUGUAGCUACACUCGCUGCAGCCAGCCACCUGUCCGUCACUUGGUCCAGCACGGCUCCGAAAUGCGUUGCUGACAGAGGUAGUGAAAGGCAGCGGAGAACAAACCAUCCAUCCACAAGCAACGUGUGCUGCAUGGCAUGCAGUUGUGGUGUGUGCCAACCCCACUUUGGUUGAGCCUCCUUGCGGCCCAUCCAUCGAAAGCGUCGAGCACCUGGGAGGUGCUGUAGCAGACGACGAACCCCACCCACGUCACAUACGCCAGGGCAAAGGCCACAAAGGCAAGCACCACACGCACAUAACCUGAACAACGCACACAUACACAUGCAGCAGCAGCAAAACAGCACAGAUGGAUGGAGAGGCACAUAGAAGAGGCAGGGAGGAACAUGUGCUUCUGUGUUUGUUUGAUGUGCAGCUGAUGUGUUCGUCGGCCCCUCACCGAUGAUGUUGGGAACAAACAGAUAAACCGGGCUUAUCCAUGGUCUCCUGGACAUAGCAAACAC